UAUACAUACAUAGUAUACAAAUACAUGGAGUGAUCAUAUACUGGUACAUGAUCAUAUAUUGGGGCUUUUACCUUAUACACAAUUGAUAUUGUAGAAACCAAAUGGAUUAAAAGAUUGAUAGGUGAAAUUGAAUUCUCUAGAAAGUAUAAAUACACGAUUUGUCAUAAUAUUCAGAAGAAAGUUUUGUCAAGUAAAAAUAAUUUUCAUCUUUUUCAUUAGUAACUUGAACGACAGAAAUGAUGAGAGCAUUAACCUUUGUAAAGCUUGUUAUUUCCGGAAGUGAAAGAGAACUUUUAUGAGAUUGUACUUUCUAAUUUAAUAAAGUAAAAUUAAUCAUUGAUAUUAACUUGUCUCGUUCAAAGUUAAGUGAUUACAGAUAAACUUUCCAAAACAAUACGAAUAGUAAACAUGAAAAAGGAAGCAGUACAAAAGUCUCAAUUACCUCAAAUUGAAGUUUUCUAUCGAGUUAUAGGGCUUCCAGUGAUUGACCUUGUUCUAAUGAAAUCAUUAUAUACUUAUUCUCGCGUCAAAGACUUGCAUCAAUUCAUUCAGUGGAUUUUAUCAGCUGUUGAAAGUUCAAUAACCAUUGCUACAAGACAUACCAUUCCUAUCGCAAUGCCUUUUACAAGAAAAUUAAAGUCACCAAUUUAUUAUAUUGAUCAUACACUAUGUACUGGUUUGGAUAAGAUUGAAGAAAAAAUUCCGAUUAUCACGGAAUCACCUGAGGAAAUUUAUGAGAAGGGGUAUAUGCUUGCAUUGCGAACAGUUCAACCGGCAGUGUCAAUGAUAUCUUAUGCUAACGACCUGAUUAUAUCACAAGCUACGUCAUUGACAAACCAUGGUUGGAACAAAACUAAUCGAAUUCUCAGUUCAUAUUAUGGAACAAAGGUUACUCAAAAGUUGGAUGAUACUGCAAUUGUCAUGGAUAAAGUAAUUGAUAAAUUUUUUCCUGCCCUUAAUAAUACUGAAAAAUCCAUAGAACCUACUUCAAGUGAAGAAGAUCAGUUGUUGCAGACUUUACAAACGAUUGGAAGAUUAUCAAAUAAAGCAGCUCAUCGAAUUUAUGCUUAUCUAAUAUUGAAUUUGGGAAGGAUGAAUCGUGAAAAUAUUAAGACUUAUGUCAGUAAUGUAGUUGAGUUUCUUCACGUCACUCAAUAUCUACAUGGUAUCAAUCAACUUCUUGUCAGACCUAAAAAAAUUACUGAAAAAAAGGAUAUCCAAAAUUCUAACGGCCAUACUAAACAUGAUUGAUUUUUUUUAUUAAUGAAUUUUUAUACGCUUGAAAAGUUGCUCAAAUAAAGUAGCGCAAGAUAUGAGUAACGAA